AUGGAAGGUUUUGAAAGUAGACAAGUUAGAAUACAAAACAUAGGAGAAGUUGGAGGAAGAAGAACCUUACUUCCAACUACGGAUUUUCAUACACCUGUAUGCAUUUUAAGAGUUCCUGGAUUAGACGAUGAUUCGACUGAAAGAUCACGACAACCUGUAUCAUCUAUCUUUAUGCCUCCUGUUUAUGAAGCUCCUAAGAAAAAACAAAAUGAACAAUAUAAAAAGUAUACACCUUCUGGUAUACCUGGUGGUUCAUUAAAUGAUAAACUUUUAUUACAUGUAUUGAAAGAUGAUUUGAACCAAAAUUUACAUACCCAUCGAUUAUCUUAUGAUUCGAAAACUGAUAAAUAUUAUGAGAAUGGAAAUAUUGAAGAAGAAUUUAUUACAGGUUGGAAGAACGGAGUAUUACAAUGGAAUAAUGUUGAACGUAAAAUUGAAUAUGAUUGGAAUAUGGUUUAUCUUGCGCGUGAUCCACGAAAUUAUAUAAGCGUUCCGGGUGAAAUAAAGUGGAAAUUUGAUUAUAGAACAUCAAAUUUGAUUAUUAAAAAAUUCAUUCUCAAAUUACAACAUGCAUUAUUUGAUAAUGAGGCCUCAAUUAUUUUGACAAUUACUACUUUACCAACUCGAAAAAAUAAAAAUCCAACUCCUCAAACAAUUGAAUUUCCAAAACCCACGAAAUUUCCUCAUGAAGAAAAUAAUCGUAAAGAUGUAACUUCAUUUGUAGAAAAUGAAUAUGGAUUUAUUUUAACGGCAUGUUUAAAAGGGGGCGAAAAUAACAAUAUUUCAUGGCAAAGAACUCAACUCUUUAGAAAAAGUCUUCAACAAGAAUUUUUAGAUAAUAAUAUUGAUGAUGAUUCGGGAAUUAAUUUUGGAUUAGAUACUCGAACUGAAUUAAUGCCGGAUGUAAUUUGUGAUCCAUUACCUGAAAUAAAAUAUGAUGAUGAUGACAAUGGUAAAGGCAUAGAAAGAAAAGAUAAUAAUGAAUUCAUAUUGAAUGAUGAAAAGACUAGUGAUUUCGUUAUAAAUCUACGAGAAGAAUCUCCUCAAGGAUCCACCAACGAAAUAAAAAUUUUUAAUACUCAUUCUAAAAUUCUUUCGACAAGAUCAGAAUAUUUUAAAGCACUUUUACAUUCAAAAAUGAUAGAAUCCAACGAAAGAUCACUUACCAUCGUAGAUACUAAAUCUGAUUUAUUUGAAAUCAUACUUAAAUUCAUUUACACGGGUGAUUUACCUAUCAUCAAUAAACUUGAUGAUUGGUUUGAAUUACUUCGAGGUGCUUCCAGAUUUUUAAUUCUGGAAUUAAUUCAAAGAUGUGAAAAAGAAAUUAGAGGUUUUUUGAAUCCUGAUAAUGUGGAAGAAAUUGAAUCUAUUGCUAUUGAAACUGGAUCAAGUCAAUUAUUGAGAUGUUGCGAAAAUUUGGAAAUUAAGGAAUAA